GCGACAGUCAGGGUGUUUGGUAGGGGGAGAUUUGGGGCUCUUCCUCUCUGUCUUUACUCUCGCUCUCUGUCUCUCUCUCCCUCUCUCAAACUUUAUAUUUAAAUAUAGUGCAGAGCAGAGCGGCGGAGGGGUGUUGGAACAUGAUGGCAGCACGCAGUUUUUGGAUAAUUUUUGGAGUCGUAACUAUUCUCUGGACUUUAAUGGGUCCGGUGCAAUGCAACGAGGAGUCGCAGCUGAUCAGCCAGUUGUUCAAAGGCUACAACAAGAAUAUUCGCCCGGUGGUUCAUCCUGAAGACAGAGUGGAGGUUCAGAUCAAGCUGACUCUGACUAACCUCAUCUCCCUGAAUGAAAAGGAGGAGACUCUUACGACCAAUGUGUGGAUUGAGAUUCAAUGGACAGAUUAUCGCCUUUCCUGGAACACGUCUGAGUAUUACGGCAUUAGCGUCAUCCGUGUCCCAUACAACACCGUUUGGCUUCCUGACAUAGUCCUUGAGAACAACAUUGAUGGCAAAUUUGACGUGGCUUACUACGCCAAUGUGUUGAUCGACAGCAGCGGCUGGAUGUACUGGCUGCCUCCUGCUAUCUAUCGCAGCACAUGUGCCAUUGAGAUCACCUACUUCCCGUUUGAUUAUCAAAACUGCACGCUAGCUUUCAGAUCCCAGACAUACAGUGCCAAUGAAGUGGACCUUAUCUUGGCUGUUGGUGAGACGGGGGAAACUAUUGAGUGGGUGGACAUCGACCCUGAGGCUUUCACAGAGAAUGGCGAGUGGGCCAUCGUUCAUCGGCCAGCCAGGAAGAUGAUCAACACCCAGUAUUCCCCAGAUGACCUGGAGUAUCAAGAGAUCACAUUUAACCUGAUCAUCCAACGAAAGCCCCUCUUCUACAUCAUCAACGUCAUCCUGCCCUGCUCCCUCAUCUCCUCGCUGGUCGUACUGGCCUACUUCUUACCUGCACAAGCUGGAGGACAGAAGCUGACAGUGUCUAUCUCCGUCUUGCUGGCUCAGACUGUCUUCCUCUUUCUUAUUGCUCAGAAGAUCCCUGAGACUUCUCUCUCUGUCCCCCUCAUCGGCAAGUACCUGAUCUUUGUGAUGUCUGUCACCACUCUCAUUGCUACCAAUCAAAUUGUGGUGCUGAACUUCUCGUUGCGCAGCCCCAGCACCCACACCAUGUCCCACACCGUCAAGCAUCUGUUCCUGGAAAUGGUACCUCGCUUCUUAGGCAUGUCUCCACUGGUGGAUGAGAGUGAGGUGACGACAGAAGUGAACGGGGUGAGGGAGCGGCGGCGCAGCUCCUUUGGCCUCAUGCAGAGAGCAGAGGAAUAUGUGAUGAAGCAACCUCGCAGUGAAAUGAUGUUUGACAAGCAAAGAGAGAGGCAUGGUCUCACACGGUCAAUAGUGGACAAUAUAGAUGUCAGCAGCACAGCCAAUCUGUACAAGAGUUUGGCCCAAGCAGCACCUGAAAUUAAGCAAUGUGUGGAUGCCUGCAACUUUAUUGCUGAGAGCACAAGACAGCAAAAUAACAUUGGAUCCGAAAUUGAAAGCUGGGUACUGAUUGGGAAGAUGAUUGACAAGGUGUGUUUCUGGGCUGCCAUUCUCCUCUUCAUCAUCGGCACAGUGGGGAUCUUCUUAACAGGACACUUCAACCGGGCCCCAGACUUUCCAUUUCCUGGGCAGACCAAAAAAUAUGCCCCAAGUUAAAAAAAAAAAAAAACAUUAAAAAAUCUUUUUGCUCUGCCGGAACCUUUCCGAGGUUCAUUGUGCCUCAAAAUGUUGAGCAGUCUCGCUCACUGACUGACUCCCAGGCUACGGGUUGAGUUGGCUGCGAGGCAGGGUUUUAAUAUUUACCACCCAGACUCAUCUUUAUCAACACUUCUCAAGCAGCUGAGAGGUUUCAUUGAAACUUGCAACUUCGUUCUAAGUUUGUCCGCUGGGUGUAAGUUCUUAGGAUGUAUAUAUUAAAUCGACAGAUCGUGUCUAGUUUCAAAAUUUUAAAUUAGCAUUGCAAUAAUCAUCAUCAUGAAAAUCAUACUAAAUCCAAUUAUUUUUUGUUUGUUUUGUGGUAUAAAAGACUCAGCUGUGUGAGUAUAGGCAAGUCCUGACUUCAGGUCAUAGAUGCAUUUGAAGACUGAACUAUGCUGAGAGAGUGACUUGUAUUGCAGCACAGAACUUUUUAACUUAAAACUACUACAGCGUUGUUAUUUUUGGAGGCAAAUGCACUGUGUGGAACUGUGUGUAUUCAUAAACAGAAGUUGGGGGAAAAAAUCAUUAGGUGAUCUUAUUUACAUGUGUGCUAAUGUUGCCCAUCAUUCAAAUAGGUUCAUAACAAUCAUCCGUGGAUAGAACCGCAAAACAGCAUCUACUGUCUAGAUAUGUCUUCCUGCAUGUACUAUGUCUUAUGGGAAGAACCUGGGCAUGUGUCACGAGCCAGGAAACUCUGAAUCAAAGCCUUAUUCUUCUUACUAUGACUUAUUUAUUAGGAAGUGUUGUUUGAGGUAGAUGGCUUUGUGGGAUAUUGUCUUGAUAUCACUGUGCCAUGGUUGUUUUUUUUUUAAUAAAUUCCUUAUUUUGUCCAUCA